GCAGCCCGGCAGCCGCACCUGAGCCCGAGUCCCGGGCCUGGUCCCAAGGCCGGAAGCGCGGGCGGCGUGACUGGCCCCGGGAGAGCAGCCUGAGCCCGCGGCGGGGACGGGAGAAAGAAAACGGGUGACCGAGCCCGCCUCUAGCCAGCUAGGGGCGAGGACCUGCCGACACUGCCCCCUCCACCCACUCAUCCUCGUCUCCCACCCGGCUCGGCCCAGAGCACCCCCAGCACCAGCUCAAAGGCAGACCAACUUCCUCCACAUUUUCGCUCUAACUUUUCUUGAAGUUCCUUGUAAGGAGGAACCUGCCUGCCCCCUGGCCGUGGCGGGCUGGGGAAACCCGGGAGAGGAGCCGCACUCGAACGCUGCAGCGCCUAGGUCCACCUUGCGCAGGGCAGAGCGUGGGUGGGAGCGACUUCGGGGAAAGCCUGAUGAACUCGGCAGAGAUCGCGUAAAGGAGAGUCCAGCCUCCGCGCCCGUGCCAGCCGCCGGGGCUCCUCUUUGUGGAACCAGAAGCCAAGGUGGUGCUAGGUUGUGGAGAAUGAUCCUGCGGCCUCGGGGGACCUCAGCGCAGUAAUGCCAACAUGAUGUUUCACGCAGGUCGAAUGUGGAGCUAUCGCUGGAAAUGGAAGCCAGGUCCUCUUCUAUUCUUACUUGUUUUAUAUAUCGUAUGUGUCCCUCACUCAGCAGCGUGGGGAUGUGCCAACUGCAGGGUCGACCUGUCCAACCCUUCUGGGACCUUUACUUCUCCAUGCUAUCCUAACGACUACCCUAACAGCCAGGCUUGUAUGUGGACCCUCCGGGCCCCCACCGGCUACAUCAUUCAGAUAACGUUUAAUGACUUCGACAUUGAAGAAGCUCCCAAUUGCAUUUAUGACUCAUUAUCCCUUGAUAAUGGAGAGAGCCAGACUAAAUUUUGUGGAGCAACUGCCAAAGGCCUGUCAUUUAACUCAAGUGCAAAUGAGAUGCAUGUGUCCUUUUCAAGUGACUUUAGCAUCCAGAAGAAGGGUUUCAAUGCCAGCUACACCAGAGUUGCCGUGUCCUUAAGGAAUCAAAAGGUCGUUUUGCCCCAGACACUAGAUGCUUACCAGGUAUCUGUUGCAAAAAGUGUCUCCAUUCCAGAGCUCAGUGCUUUCUCACUCUGCUUUGAAGCAACCAAAAUUGGCAAUGAAGACAAUGACUGGACAGCUUUCUCCUACUCAGAUGCAUCCUUCACACAAUUGCUCAGUUUUGGAAAGGACCAGCGUGACUACUUUCUAACUAUUUCUGGCUUGAAAUGUUCCCUUAAUAGUGUAUUACCUGUCAAGGAAAAUGAAGACAUUUUCACAGAAAGUUUUGAGCAGCUCUGCAUUGUUUGGAAUAAUUCCUUGGGCUCUGUUGGUGUCAGUUUCAAAAGAAACUAUGAAAUAGUUCCAUGUGAUUCUACCAUUAGCAAAGUUAUUCCUGGGAAUGGGAAAUUAUUGUUGGGCUCCAAUCAAAAUGAAAUUGCCUCUCUAAAAGGGGACAUUUAUAACUUUCGACUUUGGAAUUUUACUAUGAAUUCCAAAACCCUCUCCAACCUCAGUUGUAAUGUGAAAGGGAACGUGGUUGACUGGCAGAAUGAUUUCUGGAAUAUCCCAACCCUAGCUCUGAAGGCUGAAAACAACCUGAGCUGCGGUUCCUACCUGAUCCCACUCCCAGCAGCAGAGCUAGCCAGCUGUGUGGACCUGGGGACCCUCUGCCAAGCUACUGUAAACUCUCCUAGUCCUACACCACCCACUGUCUCCACUAACAUGCCUGUUACUAACAGAGUCGAUAAACAAAAGAAUGAUGGAAUUGUCUAUAGAAUUUCCAUAGUGAUUCAAAACAUCCUUCGUCACCCUGAGGUAAAAGUACAGAGCAAGGUGGCAGAAUGGCUCAAUUCAACCUUCCAGAAUUGGAACUACACUGUUUAUGUGGUUAAUAUAAGUCUUCACCUGAGCACUGGAGAGGACAAGAUUAAAGUCAGGAGAAGCAUUGAGGAUGAUUCAAGGGUGGUGAUUUGGGCCCUUCUAGUUUACAAUGCUACCAACAAUGUCAGCUUAGAAGGAAAAACCAUUCAGCAGAAGCUCUUAAGAAAUAACGAGUCCCUGGAUGAGGGCUUGAGGCUAUAUACAGUGAAUGUGAGGCAACUGGAUAUAUGUCCUGCCGAUGAGGACCCCAAAGGCUAUCUAUGGCCCACCACCCGACCUUCUGAAUAUAUUCUACCCUGUAAUGGAAAACCUGGUUUUUAUGCUUCACGGACAUGUCACCGCAAUCUUACCAAUGCAUCUUUAGCCUACUGGGGGGUUCCUGAUGUCUCCAAUUGUUCAAAUGACCUAAAUAAUGUCAAUACAAUUUUAAAUUUGACUGGUGAAGGACAGAACUUAACCUCAGCCAACAUUACCAGCAUUGUAGAGUAUGUGAAAAGAAUUGUGAAUAAUGAAGAAAAUAUUGAUAUAACACUUGGCUCAACUUUAAUGACUAUAUUUUCUAAUAUCUUAACCAGUUCAGACAGUGAUUUGCUUGAGUCUUCUUCUGAAGCUUUAAAAACAAUUGAUGAAUUGGCGUUCAAGAUAGACCUAACUAGCACAUCACGUGUGAAUAUUACAACUCGGAAUUUGGCUCUUGGAGUAUCAUCCCUGCCCCCAGGAACAAACAUAGUUUCAAAUUUUAGCAUUGGUCUUCCAAGCAAUAAUGAAUCAUAUUUCCAGAUGGAUUUUGAAAGUGGACAAGUGAAUCCAUUGGCUUCCGUAAUUUUGCCACCAAACUUACUUGAGAAUUUAAGUAAAGAAGAUUCUGCAUUAGUUAAAAGGGCACAGUUUACUUUCUUUAAUAAAACUGGACUUUUCCAGGAUGUAGGUUCCCAAAGAGACAACUUAGUGAGUUACGUGAUGGCAUGCAGUAUUGGAAACAUCACUCUCCAGGAUCUGAAGGAUCCGGUUCGAAUUAUAAUCAAACAUACAAGAGCUCAGGCAGUACAUCAUCCCAUCUGUGCCUUCUGGGAUCUGAACAAAAACAGUUUUGGAGGAUGGAACACUUCAGGAUGUAUUGCAUACAAAGGUUCAGAUGAGAGCGAGACAGUUUGCCUGUGUAACCACCUCACACACUUUGGAGUCUUGAUGGACCUUCAAGGAACUGCCUCACAGCUAGAUGCAAGAAAUACUAAAGUCCUCACCUUCCUCACCUAUAUUGGAUGUGGAAUAUCUGCUAUAUUUUCAGCAGCAACUCUCCUGACAUAUGUUGCUUUUGAAAAAUUGCGAAGGGAUUACCCCUCCAAAAUCUUGAUGAACCUGAGCACAGCACUGCUGUUCCUGAACCUGAUCUUCCUCUUGGAUGGCUGGAUCACCUCCUUUGAUGUGGAUGGACUUUGCACUGCUGUGGCAGCCUUGUUGCAUUUUUUCCUUCUAGCAACAUUUACCUGGAUGGGGCUAGAAGCCAUUCACAUGUACAUUGCUCUGGUUAAAGUAUUUAACACUUACAUUCGCCGAUACAUACUAAAAUUCUGCAUCAUUGGCUGGGGUUUGCCUGCCUUAGUGGUAUCAGUUGUCCUUGCGAGCAGAAACCAAAAUGAAGUCUACGGAAAAGAAAGUUAUGGAAAAGAACAAGGUGAUGAAUUCUGUUGGAUUCAGGAUCCAGUCAUAUUUUAUGUGACCUGUGCUGGAUAUUUUGGAGUCAUGUUUUUCCUGAAUGUUGCCAUGUUCAUUGUAGUCAUGGUACAGAUCUGUGGGAGGAAUGGCAAGAGAAGCAACCGGACCCUGAGGGAAGAGGUUUUGAGGAACCUGCGCAGUGUGGUUAGCCUGACGUUCCUGCUGGGCAUGACAUGGGGCUUUGCUUUCUUUGCCUGGGGACCCUUAAAUGUCCCUUUCAUGUACCUCUUCUCCAUCUUCAACUCAUUACAAGGCUUAUUUAUAUUUAUCUUCCAUUGUGCUAUGAAAGAGAAUGUUCAGAAACAGUGGAGGCGACAUCUCUGUUGUGGGAGAUUUCGGUUAGCUGACAACUCAGAUUGGAGUAAGACAGCUACCAAUAUCAUCAAGAAAAGUUCUGAUAAUCUAGGAAAAUCUUUGUCAUCAAGCUCCAUUGGUUCCAACUCAACCUACCUUACAUCCAAAUCUAAAUCCAGUUCUACCACCUAUUUCAAGAGGAAUAGCCACACUGACAGUGCAUUCAUGGAAAAGUCCUCAUCAAAACUGACCCAUGCUGAUGGAGAACAAACAUCAAUCAUCCCUGUCCAUCAGGUCAUUGAUAAGGUCAAGGAUUAUUGCAACACCCAUUCAGAUAACUUCUAUAAAAAUAUCAUCAUGUCAGACACUUUCAGCCACAGCACGAAGUUUUAAUGUCUGUAAUAUAAAGAGAAGGAACUACCCUGUAGAAACGUGGAGAUCUGUAUGCAGUGGAAAAAAAAAAAGAUACAAAUGUGCUAGUACCUAGGUAACUGCAUUUCUAUGAGGAAUAUUUUUGUUAAGAAGGCUUUUGUGAAAGGCAAAAUUCACCUGCUCAGUGUGUUUCUUCCAUGGGGAAGUAUUUCACAAUCUCUAAAACCAUCAUCCAGACAGAAAUGUGACUCAUUAGCUAUAAGGAAUGUGAGUUUAUAUAUAUAUAUAUAUAUAUAUAUAUAUAUAUAUAUAAAAAAUUCAGUCAGACUAAUCAGAACUCAGAGGGGAACAUUAAAACCAGAGGACAAGGGAGAGGUGAAGGUAAAACUAACCCUAGGUUAGAGCUCAUUCAUCCCCCACCUAAUAGCUAGAUUUGGAUGUAGUUAUUUCUUCCAUCUUUCUCAACAAUAAAAAGCACACAAAUAUUUCAAAUAUCCGUAAGUCCCAUCCCAGUACUGGUUUCUAUUAUCACAGUAGCAUUUUCUCUUUUUCAAUGAAAUUUCAGCCACAUGUUGAAAAGAAUGUUUAAUGUCUGACCCAAAGAUUUAAAAAGGUUUUUGGUCAUACCAAAUGCUGAACAUUCUGGACCACAACUUAAGAAAGAAACCUUUCCCAAAAUCUUGGCCUAGGUAAAAUGAGGCUAUAGAAAUUUCUAAUCUUUAAUUUAUCCUUCAUAUGCCUUAAAGAUACCCAAGACACCAGGCUUAAGAAUCAUCAUUAAUUAGAAUUGAAUCUUAUACAUUUGAGUCAAGUCUAGGGUUGAUGUUCCAUCAAUGUGGCUCUCCCAAUAGGUGUUUAAGAAUGAAUUUGUACUGCCUCUGCUCUGGCUCUUUUAAUGUGUCUUGAGCCCACAGGCUCAUGCGAGGAAGGAGAGUUUCCAGCAGGCCUGCCACGUGUACAAUACUCUCUCCCUUUUAGGAGACAUGCAGUCAUUAAGGCUUUAUGGUCCUGUCCUUGCUGAAACAUUUCCAAUCACACAAAUAAAAAGCCUCUUUCUUCCCCUUUCAAGAGUUUUGUUCCGAGAAAUAGAGACUGAGACAUAUAGGUGAUUUAUCAUAACCAAGAGGUCAAACAUGCGAGUCUACAAUUCCUGUUCUAAAAUCUAGUUGUACAUAAGUCCUCUGAAUGUAUUAUGUAAGAGCCUGAGGAGGUCUGGCUGGAGAAAUAGUGUGUUAUUUAUGGGUUAGGCUGCUGCACACAAGCCAUGUAUAAAAUUAAGCAGCUUAGGUAGCUCUCAAACUAUCCUGAGUAGUGCGUUCCUGCUUGUGAAUAUAUAGGAGACCACAUUUUAAUUUUUUUUAAAUGAUGGAGUUGUGUCCAGUUUCUUAGAAAUCCGUCCAGUAGAAAGCUCUGCAUUUGCUCUGGGAAACAUCAGGCUCUGGGAGGUUGCAGCGUAAGUGAUGAAAAAAGAAGAAAUAACUGGUUAAACCAAUCUGCUGAAAGGCGGAGGCCAGAAUUGAGCACUUAGAGGCCUUUCGCUCUGCAUAGAAAGUUAGCUCUCAGUAUGAGACGUAGGAGAGCUUCCAGGCUACGCAGCACGUCAACGGGUCUCUCACUUAUCCAUCAUGAAGCUAUUUGCCAGGCUCGGAGGAAAGACGACGUGAUGUGGUGGUGAGUUUUUAUUACCAUUCGGUUUUGCAGUAGUCUGGAACACCACCAUUGAAGACAUAAGCAUUACCCAGCUUGGUUUUAACAGGGGAGGGUUGUAUUCAGAAGAAGAGAGUAGGAAAUCUUAAAGUCUGUAAGAUUCACUAUAGUAGAGCCAGACCCUUUUCUAUAGGUGUAUAUUUACAGGCUACUUUGGCGGAGGUUACAUAUAGAUGAAAGUUAGUCCUAAAUAUUCACUGAAUAUUUAUAUACUUUCCCCCAAACCUUAGGGAUACAUGAUAGAAUUUAAUUAGCUUUCUCCUUUGAGAUUUAUGCACAAAGUGCUUACUUAGUUAAUAGUAAUUAAGGCAUCACUUCAAAAAUGACUUUGUUUUUGGUUUCUAAUCAUACCCAGAUCUGGGAAAACUUUUUCUUUUUUUCAUAUUUGACAACAAUGUCAGCUCCACUUCAGAAAUUUUCAGUAUCCAGGUGAGGAAAUGAAGACUCAGCUGAAUAGAAACAUUUGCAAAUAGAUGAAAAAGUCAACCAAGUUCUACCUUCAGUUCCAAAUAAACAGCUUUUGCCUGCCUUUAAGACAUGAAUUUAGUGGAACACCCACAAUGUAGUGUAACCUAACUUUGAGAAUAGUAUCAAUUCAGAGACUAUUUUUUUUUGUUUGUUUGUUUUGUUUUUUUAAACUACAUCGUGUUAGAUAGAGUCUUACUCUAGGAUCCUGAGAUAUUUUCCUUUGUUGUUACCCUGGCUUGCCAUGUAGAUUUUCUUUGUCCAUUGUUGGCGAAGACUCAUAUGUACAGAUUUAUUUAUUUGUGUUUAUACAUGUCAACUUGUUUCAUAUCUCAUCUUUAUAUCACCUGGCUUUGUUAUUUUAAUUAACUUUCUAUUGGAGAGACUGUAUAUAUUUUUCUGAGUACUUUGUGAAAUAGUUUUCUGUAGCAAUGUCUUUGAAUAUGAUGAAUAAAAAUGACUGUGAGUGCAAAUUAGAAUGAGUAGCAAGAAGCUACUAUACCUGAUUUGCCAUUUAACUUAAAUGGAAAAUGUUUUUCAAAUAAAUACUUAAUGUUCAUGUUCCAAAUUAUUAAAUUCCUUUAUGAGUGAAUGUUUUUGUUUUGGACUCUUCAAUAGGAAAAGCUUAUUUGGCAACUGGAAAAUAACCUGCCACCAAUUAAGUUAGUGACAUGGGAGUACUUUGCCAAAACACUAGAAAUAUAUUACAAAAAUCUAGUUCACUGGAGAUUAAUGCGUUUUGAGGUUUUUAGAUUCUCUUAGUGUGACUGAUGUAGAGCCAAGCUCUGUGGGAGAUUAAAAGUAAUGCAGGUUGCUUUUUUGGGAAGUCUUCAGCAUCCCCAAAAGGGAACCAAAUCAGUAACAUUAUGUAGAAAUUAGGAGCUGGGAUGUUUUUCUCGAAUUUAUGGUGUCUAUUUUUUUUUAUUGUCGGAGGCUUAAAUUUGAUAGCA